UUUUCUUUUAAUGUUUAAAAUAAUUUUAAUAAUUUCUUUAUGUUUUGGAUGUCUCAGAACUUCACAGGCAUUUUGGAAUAUGCAAGAGUUCUUCCAGGAAUAUUUACCUUUUAGCCAGAAAGAAGAAAGCAUUAUAAAGAAAACUGUCUAUAAUAAAGAACUUAAAGAGGUGUGUGAUGAAAAGGAAUUGAUUUUACAAUUGGCACGCUUGUAUAUUAUAAGUCCUGAACGUAUUAUAUUGUUAUUGACAAGAAAAUCUUUAAACAAAGAGUGUUUAAAGGUGGCAGAUGUUUUACAGCAUAUAAAUUCCACGAUUUCGGUUAGCAUACCUUUGCCAGUGGAUAAUCUUUAUAUGAAACUUUAUAAUAGUUUGGAUUAUUAUAAUUCCUAUGUUUGUCUGUAUAAUCCAAAUACUAGAGGAAAUCAUCUCAUCAACUAUCAUGAAUGCUUAACAGAAUUGCAUGAAGAUUUGCUAGAUUGUGAGGGUCCACCCGAUUGGUUUGAAAAGACCAAUGAAGCUAUAGUUUGCCAAUAUUACAAUGAAAUUAUAAACUGUCAUUAUAUAAAAACAGCCCUUUUAUGUGGCUUAAAACCCGCUUUAAUGCUGCGUACCUUUUCAAAUGAAAUCAUGAAAAGAAUAGUAACGUUUAAAUGUAAAAUUUCAAGAUCACUGCCACAAAUCGAUGAUCCAAUGCCGGCAAGUGGAAGUUCCUGCCAUUUGAAGUAUUUUCAAAAUGUCCUGUUUUACACAUUACUCACUAUACCAUUUAAAGGUGUUUUAUAUAUAUUCAAGCAUUUCUCUUAA